CAGGCUUCAACUAGGCGCAGUUCUGCAUACUACUUGGAUACUUUUUUCAAAAUCAGUAAACUGUAUUUGGUGCAUGAAGCUCCAAAUAUGAUAUCCACCUUGAUCAUUUUACUAAGUGACACAGACUCUGCCACUGUAUCGGCUGCCUGGGAAGCACUUUCUAGAGUUGUUGGUUCAGUCCCAAAAGAAGUUCUCCCAUCAUAUAUAAAAUUAGUUUGUGAUGCUGUAUGCACAUCUAGAGACAAGGAACGUAGAAAGAAGAAGGGUGGACCAAUUGUUAUACCUGGGUUAUGUCUCCCAAAGGCUCUUCAACCAUCGCUUCCCAUAUACCUUCAAGGCCUAAUAAGCGGGUCUGCAAAAUUGAGAGAACAUGUUGCUCAAGGUCUUGGAGAAUUAAUUGAAGUAACAAGUGUAAAAGCACUCAAGGAGUUUGUUAUCCCUGUUACAGGCUACAAACCACCUUUGUCAAAUGCCUGCAGGACAACACAAGUUCGCUCUAGUGCUGCUCUCGCACUUGGUAAGCUUAGUGCACUAAGCACAAGAGUUGAUCCCCUAGUUGGGGAUCUUCUAUCCAACCUACAGACAUCAGAAGGUGGGGUCUGCGAGGCAAUACUGGUCGCCCUAAAAGGCAUUGUCAAGCAUGCUGGAAAGAGUGUUAGUGGUCCUAUUAAGACUCGUGUUUUCGAUCUCUUACAGGAGUUGAUAUACAACGAUGAUGACCAAAUACGAAACUCUUCAUCAAAAAUUCUAGGCAUCAUAUUAGAGUAUUUGGAAGACGAUCAAAUUUCUGAAUUACUAGACAAACUCCCGGAAAAUGCUUCAUCGCCUACUUGGACCACUAGGCAUGGGUCACUUCUUACAAUCUCAUCCAUGCUAAGACACAUUCCUACUGUAAUAUCAGCAUCUCCAUCAUUCACAGUAGUUACAGAUUGCCUCAAAAAUAGCUUGACCGAUGAAAAGAGAUAUGACCCUCCACCUUCUUAUCCAUAUUUAAAAAUUCCUGGUUUGAAUGCUCCUAUUCCACUUGUAGCCAGCUUUGGUUAUCAUCCUGGAGGCUGGGGUAAGUGGCUUGGGAGUAGGAAGAUACGAUGUAAUUGGGCUACAAAAAGUGUUGGUGUUAGUGAUGAAAGACAAGGUUCAGAUUCAAAAAGUGUUGUAGAGCUAACAAAUGGAUCUUCAGGUAAAGUUGAUGGAAGAAAGGAAUAUGAAGCCACUUGA